AUGUCAGCGCCGGCUUCUGCGUCAACUUCUACAGGAGAGGAACCCCCUCCACCCCCGAUCCUCACACCACAAUCCAGCAUCGAAGACUCGCCCGUCGGUGCAACGAGAACGUCUCGCGGCACCCUUGGCGGAGACGCCGUGGAACUGCGAAGACUGCAUCACUCUGUCGAUGAUCCCGCUCACUUUGAUGAGAAGGGUGGCAUAGGCGGAGGUGGAGGUGUAAGCGAGAGCGGGAGCGAUAGCGAAGAUGGCUACGAAAAAGACACCAGACCGACGAGACGUAUCAGAAGAGUCGGAAUGCUGUCGCAAGAGUACACAGAUGAGGAAGAGAAGACUGUGCUGCGCAAACUCGAUCGCAAGCUCGUCAUCUUCCUGGGCUUUUUGUACAUGUUGAGCAAUGCCCGCAUCGCCGGCUUGGAAAAGGACCUCUCCCUCUCAUCGGCGCAGUACGACUGGCUCCUCACGGCAUUUUACAUCACGUACAUCGCAUUCGAGUGGAUGAUCCUCCUCUACCGCCACGUGCCGGCGCACGUGUACAUUGCGCUCUGCGUCCUCUCGUGGGGCGUGGUCGCCAGUCUCCAGAGCCUGACGACAUCGUUCGGCCAGCUUCUGCUCCUGCGCGGCCUUCUGGGCAUCACCGAAGCUGCUUUUGGACCGGGCGUGCCCUUUUUCAUGACGCAUUUCUUCAAGAGGUCCGAGCUGGCGUACCGGGUCGGGCUUCAGAUCGCCGCGGCACCGUUGGCGACGAGCUUUGCGAGUUCGCUAGCCUACCUGAUCGUUCUACUCAGUCAGAAGGGCCCGCUCGCGCCGUGGAGAGCCUUGUUCCUUGUCGAGGGUUUUCCGUCCGUUCUCGCGGCCGUUGCGGCAUGGUACUACAUCCCAGACUCGCCGGGUAAGGCUCGAUACUUGACGCCCCGAGAGCGGAAGGUGGCGGUUCUCAGACUCCGGUCAGAGCAGCAGAUGUCACUGUCGACACACUCUGAUGAUGAUGACGACGCGGAAUACGGGGCAGCGACAUGGUCCCAACGGCUUAAGCUGAACGAGAUCCGCUCGACCGUGCUGGAUCCAAAGUCCUACCUCUCGGCGUUGAUGUUCCUCAGUGUCAACGUGUCCUUCAGCUCCCUGCCCGUGUUUCUACCGACGAUAAUCAACAGCAUGUCGUUUUCGCCGCUGGCGUCGCAGGCGUUGGCCGCGCCUCCUUAUCUGUUCGCCUUCUUCUUCGUCCUCGUCGUAGGACGGUAUAGCGACAAGGUCGCCGACUCGAGGUCGCUGUUCCUGAUUGGUGUGGCGCUGCUCAGUGCCUUUUCGUACGCCGGUAUAGCCGUUGCGGGAUACCUGCACGAGUCGCUGGGCGAGGCUGGUAGCAUCACGAUCCGCUACGUCGCCAUCUUUGGAGCAGCCAUGGGAUUGUUCUCUUCAGUCACCUUGAUCAUCACGUGGACGCUGAACAACCAGGCUACCGCUACUGGCAAAGGCACCGGCUUGACUAUCCUCAACGUCGUGGGUCAGUGUGGUCCGCUCAUCGGUGUGCAUGUCUUUCCUGAGAGCCAGGGCCCUUUGUACGUGCAAGGUAUGGCUGUCUGCGCUGGUUUCAUGGCAUUCGGCGUCGCUGGGCUAGCGCUCGUUCUGAGGAUGGUUCUCAACAAUGCUAAUAGACGACGGGGCCUUGUCGGCCCCAUCGAAGCUGGAGACUAUGAGCUAGCAGAGGCCGUUGAACCCAAGCCCGACAGGAAUGACGACUCGGAUGUGGAAGACACGCUUAUUGGAGGAGCCAAAAAGGUCGUCGGUGAAAAAGCCGCUUUUCGCUAUAUGCUUUGA